GGUUAAUAUUAAAGUAACGUUACUUCUCAUUGUAAUAUUGAAUUUGUUAGGUUAUCUAGUGUUAGGUUUUCAUGUUUUCCAUUGCCUCUAAAACUAUUCAAAAAUUACUGUCAACUGCACAUGUUCGUCCGCCGAAGUGUUUCCUGUCUACAUCUAUUAGUUUGUGCAAAAAGAAUAAUAUCCACAACUUUAAUGGAAAUACGUUAAUAUCUAGAGCUACUGGUCGCAAUGAAGACCUAUGGAGUUUAUAUAACGAAGUAGUUUAUCCACCGUUGCCCAAAGCUUCUGCGACUUCAAGUGACGUGUCAGAGCAUAUUAUUCGUCCUGGUGAAGUUACGCACCGCCGUGAUGAUAUUUUAUACAGUCAAAAGAGACUUUGGUUGCUGGCUCAAUUGAUUCGUGGACGAUCGGUAGAUGAUGCUUUCGCUCAGUUGGGAUUUCGCCCAGAAAAAGGUGCUAGAAUUCUUGAAGAGGUGUUAGAAGAGGCAAUAGAACUAGCAGUGAAAGAACAUGACUUUGAGUUCUGUACAAAAAUUUGGAUAGAGUCACUUUAUCCUCUACGUGGUCGAAUGGUUCCCCGUUUAUACAAGGGUAUUAGAUCUACAGCGCAUAAAAUUAAUUUUCACUACACAAAUUUAUACAUCCGUUUAAGAGAAGGUGAUCCUCCAAAGCUUUAUCAUCCAAAUCAAGUGAAAGGAGUAUGGACUCCAGCUGCAAAUUGUCCACUGGAAGGCAGAAAAUGGGGUUCAACACGAGAAAUGGUACAUCGUGAGCUACAUAGGCUACGAAGUCGGGAGUUGAAAGGAAAUCUAUAAAUAAACUUAUAUGUUUUGUUAUAACAAGAAAAACCGAUGUGAGAUCAUUUCUGUUUACUAAUUGAACUAAGUCAAUUUAACCAUUCUAAAACUUCAACAUUAUUUGUACAUUACUAUUACUGAAAACUAGGUACAACUUUAUCACAUGAAAAACUGUUUGUAUUGUAAGCUAAACCUUGUAAAUAAAGUUGUUUUUCUAGAGUAAUUGUACUUCAUUUUUUGACACUUUAUUGCACAUACAGUUAGCUUAUUUUGGCCAUAUUGUUGUUAAGAUGUUUGGUGGUUUCAAAGUUCAUUUUAUUUAAAUUGUAAUAAUGUUAUCAACAUUGCAGAGUAGAUAUGACUAACAGCAUGUGAAUAAUAAAGUGCAGCUUGGUAAACACGAAUAAUAUUCAUGUAUUAGACUGUGAUAAACCACCUACGUUGUGUUGAAUAUCUGUGAUAUCAUGUUAUAGGCACAUUUGUUCUUUCGCUGUAAGCCCUUUUCGUUUGUUUGUUUGUGGUAUAUUUUCGAAGUAUAUCAAAGCUUUGGCUUCAAAUAAAUCUGUUUGCUUAUUUUUUAAAAUCACGAUGUUAAAUUGUCAUAAGCGCUAUAAAAAAGUAGUAAUUAGUGUUGUCUAAAUGUGCCUAGAAAAAAUUAAUUUUUAUUAACUCUAGAAAUAAUCGGCGAAGCUUCUUAGGAGUUGGCAAAUAGAACGGGUUUUUUUUACAAAUCAAAACAUAGCAUCAAUCUAUGCAGUUGCUGACUAGUAUUUUGAGGUGCUCAAGGAGUUGUCAGUUGCCA